GAAAACAAAAAAGAAAGAACAAGUUGCAUUUGGUGUUGGCUGCGAGAUUUAGAUGGAAAGUGACAGUAGGAGUUUGGAAGAGCACGCAGAGAAACUUCCUCUUGAGGUUAUUGGAGAGAUAUUGUCUCGCGUAAGAGUUGCACGAGAUGUGAUUAAAGCCUCUCUAACUUGUAAGAAAUGGCGAGAGGCUUAUGGCAAACACCUUCAUGCACUUUCCUUUGAUGUUGCUGAUUUUGAGUUUCCCAAGUACCAAGGUUCUGUUCCUGACAUAGAAAUGUUGGUCACAAAGACAAUAUUGCAACUUCCUGGUUUGCGAAAAUUAUCGAUUCUGAUGGACGUCCGGUACGCGUUUUCAGCUGGUUUAGUUUUGGCGUUGUUAACAUUAGUUAGAGAAACCUUGUCGGAGCUGUGGUAUAAGGUUAGAACUUCUACCAUUGUUAAUGUUCUUGAUAUCUUUGAAAGGCAGAAAUUGGAAAGCUUGAGUUUGUCCUAUUACAAAAUAGGAAGGGUUGAAGAGAAUUCCCAAAGAUUUCCAUGUCUGACAUCACUAUCUCUAUGUCGUGUUGGCAUUUCAUUUGAUGAUCUAAAUCGAUUUCUCUAUGCUCUUCCCAAUCUCGAGUCUUUGAAACUUGAUGAUCCCUUCCUAGAAGAUUCAGAUAAUGAGUAUUCUUCAUAUAGUGAUUCUUCAUAUAGUGGGGAUUCUUCAGACGACGAGUUUUUUUCACCAGAAAAUGUAGUCAAACUGCGUUGUCCUGCACUGAAGACCCUUUUUCUUGAAAAUAUGAAACUAUUUCAGUUUAUAUUGGAGAGUAGCAGCAUUGAGUAUUUGCAAGUGGAAGAUUGCUAUUUCAGUUCGUUUAAAGUGUAUGGCAGUAAAACUUUGAGGGACUUCAAAAUCUCCCACUCUGAGGCUUGGCUUCUUGAAAUUGAACAGACAGGCAAACUAGAGAGUUUUGAAUUCGUCAGGAGUCGUGUUACCCAUUCAAAUUUGUUUCCAAUGAUACAAUCACCAAAGUUGAAAAGGUUUCGGUUUUGGGGUUUUAGGAAGAAGUACAUGCGUCACAUAAGAGGGAAUGAAAUAAUUCUUGACAACGGAUCGGGAAUAGUGUUGGAUUCAGAAAGAAUGGCCAUUUGUUCACCACAACUUCGCCAUCUUUCAAUAUUUUGCAACGAAGGACUUGAGGGGCUACUCUACAAAUUCGGGGGUCCGACUUCCUUGGAGAAGGUUGUGGUUUUGGAGAUUGGAUGGGAUGGUUUUAAAGGCUUCGGAAAAUGGGCAGAGGAAUUACUGAAAUGUUGCCCAAAUGUGAAGAAGGUAAUUGUUCAUUGGGUUAUUAUUCCAGAGAAGUGCAAUACAAUGUUUUUGAAGAAUCUUACUGAGCAGACCUCAUCAAUAAAUGAAAUGGUGGGCAAGUAUCAGAACAGAGAAAUACAAGUGUCCUUGUAUGAUUCUGGUUUUGAUUAAGUAUCAGCACAUAGAAAUGCCUUUAAUCACCAUUCUCUGGCUUCACUUGUUAGGGUUUGUUGGAUUUUAUUGAAUUAGUCUUUGUUCUUGAUACUAUAAUUCUAUAACAUCUUAGUAUAAUGUUUCAUAGAUGUGGUAAUUUGGUUGGUGGUGGUGUGUUCCUAAUACUCUAUAUAUACAUCUCACUCCUCUCUUCCUUUUACUACAAGGAAAAAGAGGCUCCAAGCUUUUUAAAAAAGAAUUGCAAGUGUAAUCUCCACUACACUUUUACACUAUGUUUGGUUCAAGGAAUUUGGAUGCAAAAGAAAAAAAAUGACUUUCUCAUUU